ACCAUGCUCCUGAUCGUCAUUUCGUGCCUGCUUGCAGUGUUAUCGGGUAAACAACAUCACAAUCUGAACACACAUGAACUCCAACAGUUAGUCGACAGCGGUUUUGUGACACUGGACGUAAAUCCUAAAGACGGGCUUCUGGAAUAUGACGAACUCGCUAAGCUCUUUGACCAGAGGGACACAGACAGUGACGGACACUUAACUAAGGCUGAGUUUGCGGCUCAUGUUGGACUAGAUUUUCUGUUUAAGGAUGCCCUCUUUAAUCUCUAUGACACGGACAAGAAUGGACUCCUCACCAAAGCCGAGUUUGUGGACAAGGCUUUCCACGACGCCAACAAUAACGGUGAUGGGCAGGUAACAAGGCAUGAAUUUGACCAUUAUUACACCCAGAUUCUACAUCAUCUGAAUCAGCACCAUGGUUAAUUUCCUUUUCUUCCAUCAAUUUGAAGUUUUUUCA